AUGUUGCGUAUUGCGGCUCUCCUCUGGACGCUGGUCUCUGCCGUACCUCAGCAGGACAGCACGGGCUUGCUCCAGUUCAAGGCCAGCUCGACCGCUGAGCAGGUCCUCUGCGAUUCCUGCGAGGCAGCAGAUCUGCAAAACCCUGCUGAUUUCGAUCAGUGCAAUUUCUGGGGCGAUCCACACUAUACGGAAACCUGGGGUGGCCUUGGCCGCUUCGACUACCAAGGGCUGGGCGUCCAUGACGUUGUGAUCAACAAUGUGACUUGCGACACCUUCCGCAUGCAAGCCUUCCACUGCCAGUACCGAACGUCUCGCAAUGCAGUGGUUCUGGGCUUCGUUAUCGAGGUGAACGGCUCCGUCUCCGGCACUGUGUUCGUCAACGACACGUUCGUGGAAGUAAGCGCUGGCUUGGAAAAUCUGGUGUCACCCACAGGUGAAAUCUCCACACAGCAGCUGCAGAGCGGUGGAAUCAAUGUGCAGACCGGCGAUCGCUGCAACUUCGUCAACAUCAACGGAAAGCCUAUCAACUUCAAGCCCGGCUACCUGCUCAACGCCAAGGUGAGAUCACGCGUGGGCGUGACGCAAAAUGCAGGUGUUUGCGGUUCCCCACAGCUGUUCCCUACUUUCGUGAGCGACAACACCAGCUUCCUGUUCACGACCGAGCAGAUCGAGCAGAUGUGUGAACAGUGCAGCAGUUUUGGUGGGUUAAUCUCGCCGGCUUGUCCUGGUUUCGUGCCACCUCAACCACCGGGAAUCUCCAACGAGCUGACCGAGGAAUGCGAGUGGGCAGCUGAUCCCAUCGAAAUGCAAAAUGCUGGCUCUGGGCCCGACAUCAUUCAGUUCUGUGGGCCGGACACACCCAUUGCGGCCAACUUCUCGUUUCCCGGGCCUAACCAAUGCAUCUUCAAAGUCAACGGCGGCAACGGAAAUAACUGCGAUGACAUUUGCGGACUCCUUGGCACGACCUGCAGCAACAUGCCCGGCCGUGUCGAUUCAAGCGGAAGCACCCAAUGUGUGGCAGGCGACAAUGCUGGACCCGGCCCGUGCAACGACCCGAGCCCAGGGCUCAAUUCAUUCUCCUGCGUUUGCGACAUUCCGGAUAUUCCGUUUCCGGGCGAUGACAUCAACGAUGCAGAGGAGGUCGCCAACAACGAUCCGAACAUCUCCUUCCAGGAGGCUAUCGACAAUUGUACGGUCGGGUGUUUGGCGAACUUGACGUUUGACAUCAAUGUACCUCCACAAACCGAGCUGGAGUACUUGCUACGGGGCUGCAUCAUCGAUUGGGUCUAUGCAGACAAUGAAGACAGAGCGGACAUCGUCGACAACACGCAGGAGCAAUGUCCGGGCCUGGCAUUAACAGAAACAUGUGCCGAGUUCACUUGCAACGGUACCGGGCUGAUCCCUGACCCAGCCAAGCAGGCAGUUGUGUGUGGCCCUCCCGGGACAUGCACCAACGCAUUUUGCUGCCUUCAAACCUGCGAAGGGUUCAUAUGCACCUCGGGGACGCCCGCACCAAACUCUACUCUGUGCAACGGUGGUGCGGGGCCUUGCAAUGAGACCGAAUGCUGCAUCGAGACGACUACAACUGCUGCACCCACCACAACCACAGCUGCACCCACCACAACGACUACUCCCGCACCAACCACAACCACUGCUGAACCCACCACAACGACUACUCCCGCGCCAACCACAACUACUGCUGCAGCCACCACAACGGCUAUCGUGCCGACCACAACGACCACGACUCCCGGAAAGAAGCCAUACUACUCGCCGUACAAGCCCUUCCGUCGCCACCGCCGCUUUCACCGGUUUCGUCGAAUUCGCCGCCGCCGCCAUCCCUCCUACUACGACUACUCAGCCUACGGCGCUAACAAAUCACUCAUGCAAUCCGGCACCCCGGACGAGGAUGAGCAUGAGGAGGAUGGCAACUUCAAGCAGAUGUACAGCUGCAAGGGCGAAGCUGGCUGCGAAGAGGCGAAGUUCAAAUCAAGACACGGAUCAUCAAGUGCUCAAGUCAAGGAUGUGCUUCGGGAUGAGCUAUGA